CCUCCGGUAUCCCACAAUGCCUUGCUUCCUUCUCUGACCUUUCAGCGAUUUCCGCUGCCUGCUAAAGUCGGUGUGUGUUGUAUGGUGGGACCGAUGGCCGCUUCAAAGCCCAUCGAACCUGUGACCGGGUCCGGGCUGCCCCGGUGGCAGCUGGCGCUGCUGGUCGGGACUCCCGUCGUGCUCGGGGUCGGAGCCGCUUAUCUGUGGAGCCGCAGCCGGAGCCGCGGUCAGAAACAGCCGGGUAGCGAACGCAAUGAGGAGAGGAAAACUCCCGAAGGCAGCGAACAGGACAACAUGAGCCCUCUGGAUAAGGCACAGGUUGCUAAGAACAGGGGCAACAAGUAUUUCAAGGCUGGUAAGUACGAUCAGGCCAUCAAGUGCUACACUGAGGCAAUCAGCCUGUGCCCCAAAGAACAGAAGACUGACCUGUCCACCUUCUACCAGAAUAGAGCUGCAGCAUACGAGCAGCAGGUGAAAUGGACUGAAGUGGUGGAAGACUGUUCUCAGGCUGUCGAAAUGAAUCCACGUUACGUAAAAGCUCUCUUUAGGCGUGCCAGAGCCCUGGAAAAACUAGACAACAAAAAGGAGUGUCUGGAAGAUGUGACAGCCGUAUGUAUACUCGAGGCCUUCCAGAACCAGCAAAGCAUGCUCCUGGCAGACAGGGUGCUGAAACAGCUGGGAAAAGAGAAAGCCAAGGAAAAAUACAAGAACCGGGAGCCUCUAAUGCCAUCACCCCAGUUUAUCAAGUCCUACUUCAGCUCCUUCACUGAUGACAUCAUAUCGCAACCCCUUCAGAAAGGGGAGAAGAAAGACGAGGACAAGGAUAAGGAGGGUGAAGCUUCUGAGGUUACAGAGAGCUCAAACUAUCUGAAGGCCAAGCAGUACAUGGAAGAGGAGAACUAUGAUAAAAUCAUCAGUGAGUGCACUAAGGAGAUUGAAUCAAAGGGCCGACACACUGCUGAAGCUCUGCUGCUAAGAGCCACAUUCUACCUGCUCAUCGGCAAUGCCACAGCCGCCCAGCCCGACCUGGACCAAGUCAUCAACAUGCAGGAUGCCAAUGUCAAGUUGCGAGCAAACGCUCUGAUAAAACGUGGCAGCAUGUACAUGCAGCAGCAGCAGCCACAGCUGUCCACCCAAGACUUCAACUUGGCAGCUGAAAUAGAUAAUCGGAAUGCUGACGUCUAUCACCAUAGGGGACAGCUGAAGAUCCUGCUGGACCAGGUUGAGGAAGCAGUGGCAGAUUUUGAUGAGUGUAUUCUGCUCAGACCUGACUCUGCCCUGGCUCAGGCACAGAAGUGCUUUGCUCUGUAUAGACAGGCGUACACAGGAAACAGCCCGUCUCAAGUACAGACAGCCAUGGAAGGCUUUGAGGAUGUAAUCAGAAGGUUCCCAAAGUGUGCAGAAGGCUAUGCCCUGUAUGCUCAGGCAUUGACCGACCAGCAGCAGUUUGGGAAGGCAGAUCAGAUGUAUGACAAAUGUAUUGAACUGGAGCCUGAUAAUGCCACAACCUAUGUCCAUAAAGGGCUGCUGCAGCUCCAGUGGAAGCAGGAUCUGGACAUGGGCUUGGAUCUGAUUAGCAAAGCCAUUGAGAUUGACAACAAAUGUGACUUUGCCUAUGAAACUAUGGGAACCAUCGAAGUCCAGAGAGGCAACUUGGACAAGGCCAUAGAUAUGUUCAACAAGGCCAUUAACCUCGCCAAGUCUGAGAUGGAGAUGGCCCAUCUGUAUUCACUCUGUGACGCUGCCUAUGCACAGACCGAGGUGGCCAGGAAGUAUGGGCUCAAACCCCCAACAUUGUAACUCUCCACCACCAAUCCCAACGUCUACUGCUGAGCCUGAGUACACAUCUUCUAUCCACGAACAUUUGAGUUGUUUUAUUUUUGUGUAAGGUGUUCAUUCAUUAUUACAAGACAGAUGGGCAGAGUCUGCUCUGGAGUCAUGCAAUUAUGUUUACCUCAUAGUAAACAUUAAGGUGAUCGAAUGAUGAAGGGGAGUCCAAGCGGGAGUGAGCCGAGGGAGAAAAAAGACGGGGCAAAAUAGAAACAAGUUCUCAACUGCUUGGAAUUUGGUGGUGAAAUCUAAUACCACCCUUCGUAAAGCAUGCACACAACAUUGCACUUUGUGUCACUUAUGUGUCCUUAUGAAAUCACUAAAUAAUCAAGUAUCCUAAUAUCAAGCUCCUGUAUUAAAAAAAAUGUUAGUAAUUUCAAACAAAUUCCCCUCAUUUGUUUGAAAUUACUAAUUAAUUACAUUUUAAUUGUCACUAAUUCAUAUUGUGUGCACACUGUUAGAAAAAGUCAGUGUUUCUGAGCUUAUUGCUUGUUGAUAAUUCUGAUAAAUUGUUCCAAUGUUCUUGAGCGUUUGGCCAUUGUCACAUUAUAGGACUCUAUGAAUAACUGUUUUGAGACCUGCAGGAAAAGUUACGUAUGUGUAACAUGUCUGUCAGUUGGUGUGUCACCAGUGUUAUUGACACAUGAAUUUCUAUAACAUUGGGAAGAAUUUGGGUAAUAAUGAACUUUUUUCCAUAUACAUCCUGAUUUAUUUUCCUUUUUUAAAACUAGGGAAUUGCUUUUUUUCUUUUUAUAUUCUGUACAGCAUGAGUGUAAUUUCUCUAUUAAUAAAUAUUAUGAAGGCUCUCUUGCAGUAAUAAUGCCGUCCAGUAAGUUGGGUUAUUGAAAUGAGUGUCAGAAGAUCCGCUUGUUUGAGUAGAUGUGAUGAAUGUUUCAUGCAAGGAGGGAAAAAAAGCAUCAACCAAAACUGGUAUCUUUCCGCUAAAUCGGUCCAACCAGUUGAAGAGUCUCUAACCUGUGCACUAAAAUAUAAAAUUCAGUAAUUUGCCCAUUUAUUUAGAUGCAACAGUGUCUAAGAACAUGUACAUUCCCCACUUUGCAACAUCCAGUUUUCUUUUCAUUGCGAAAUAAAUUCCUGCUCUCUGGUCAUCUGGAAUAUUUUUUUUUCACUGUUCACAGCAAAUAUUUACUGUCUUGAUGGGUUCAGUGUGUUAUGUCAGAAAUUAUGUCCUCAGACGAUGCUGAAGCUGAUGAUAAAUGUUGUAGCAUCUCAAGGGCUUUCAUACAUUUCUUCAGAACUGUAACAAUCUGCAUAUUAGAAAUAGUGUUUAAUAUUUGAUUUCCAACUUAUUGUAUUUUAUAGUUGUAACAUAUAUUAGUGUUAAGGAGUAACUGAGGUAGAAGCUACUAUGAUACUAGUUUUAAAAUAAGAGGUUUACAUUUAAAGCAAUUAUGUAUUAAGCAUAGAAAGUCAGAUCCUUACAAACUCAGUAAAAAUUCCACCGCAGGAAUUAUUGCGGUCAGUUUAUUUAUGUAACUGAUGAGGUUGUUUAAUGUCAAUGACCUUAUAUUCCACAUUCUGCCAAAGAAAAACCCACAUGAUAAUCAUCUCUCUGCUGUGCAUAUUUAAAUGUUGCUAAAGUUUUAGAGGGUGGGGAGUCAAUUUUCUGGUCUCAGGAUGGGAUUUUGGGGGAAUUGCAAAUACAAAGUUCAUAAGUAGACGUUUACAUUAAGAAGAGGGAACAUGAACGAUACCUCUGCAUGUAUGUCUUAUCACAUUCGCCUGUGGUGUUGAAUUUGCUUUAUAUAUUGAGUUUAAGCUUAAACUAACAUUAAACUGCCAUGCAAGCCAAAAGUUAAGACAAAUCAUUCCUCACAUGACUGCUGCAUGUUUGCAAAUCAGUUUGAUGACAUUGGGUUUUAACCGUUCUGGCUUUCAAUGAACAUGUUGCAUUAAGGUCCUGCUCCCAAUGUGUGAAGCCCUGAAUGAAAAAAUGUACUUCUGUACACAAGCUGUGCCCCUCGAGGUGAAAUUUCUCAGUUAAAAACAGAUAAAGAUGUUAAAGAAAUAGCUGAUUCGUGUAAUCCUAAUGUAACAUAAACAAUAAAGGAAUACUGAAAUUGUG